AUGAGGCUAUUUUUAACCCGGGGUGGGAUGUAUUUAUUGUUUCAGCCUAAGGGGAAGGAGGGAUUGCCUCUGAGACACCUCUCGCAGCAACAUCAGUGCCUGUGCGAAGCCAUGGCACCCAAGAAAGCCAAGAAGAGGAUUGAAGGUGCUAAUUCCAACGUCUUCUCCAUGUUUGAGCAGGCCCAGAUCCAGGAAUUCAAAGAGGCAUUCACCAUCAUGGAUCAGAAUCGGGAUGGCUUCAUAGACAAGGCAGAUCUAAGAGACACCUUUGCUGCACUCGGGCGCCUGAACGUGAAGAACGAGGAGAUUGAGGAGAUGAUAAAGGAGGCGCCCGGCCCAAUCAACUUCACCGUGUUCCUCACCAUGUUUGGGGAGAAACUCAAGGGAGCAGACCCAGAGGAGACGAUCCUGAAUGCAUUCAAGGUGUUUGAUCCAGAGGGAAAAGGACUGAAAUCUGCCUACAUCAAAGAAAUGCUGAUGACACAGGGCGAGAGGUUUUCCCAGGAAGAGGUGGAGCAGAUGUUCGCAGCCUUCCCUCCAGACAUGUCUGGCAACCUGGAUUACAAAAACCUCGUCCAUGUCAUUACACACGGUGAAGAGAAGGACUAACCCAUGGUCUCUGGGCACUGCGAGAUCACCUCAGGUCCCUGUGCCUCCUUCCCUGGGGAACACACGAAUGGCAUCCACAUUAAACUGCCUUUUGGCAAGAGGGAAUCCAGCCGCUGGUGUGAGCGGUGCUUGGGCUUCUGUAGUGUGUCUGUGCGGUGUGUCUGUGCCCUUGGAUCCCUCCCAGACCCUCACCCCAGCGUCACAGCCCCACUGCACAUCAUCCUCCUGUGCCCUCAGUCCCUCUGCCUCAACAUGACCCAGCCUGGCCUACCUCCCAGCCCCAAACAGCCUGUUCGGCACCGAGCUGUGGCAAGCAGCCAUCCGGUCCC